AUGGAAACCGUGUGCGAACCGAGGAAUAACUCGCUUUUCCUCCAAUACGCAGAGAAGCAGAGACUGCAGCACGAGUUACAAAUUCAACCAGAUCCAGAAGAGGUCCUCCCUGAGGUACAGGGAGAGGAGGAGGAGGAGGAGGAUGAGGAGGAUGAAGAGGGCUUAACGCUGGAGGAGAGGAUGAUUCUGGAACAGAAGAUCAAGAAGGAGCGUAAGAAGGAGGAGAAGCAGCAGAUGAAGGAAGCUGGGGUCAGUGCUCAGGUGUCUGUGAAACCGUCCAGGUUGGAGAUGGCCCAGGACUAUCUGACCUGCUGGUCCAAAAACCACAAAGACUGGAGAUUUCAAAAGAUGAGACGGACCUGGCUUCUGCAGCACAUGUGUGACAGCGACAAGGUUCCUGAUGAGUUCUUCGCAGUGCUGCUGGAGUAUCUGGAUGGGCUGAAGGACGGCGCUCGCAAGACUACGGUGAAGAAGGCGGAGUCCCUCAUCGAAGGCUGCGAGGAUUGGGAAGACAGCGCCACCCUUGUGAAGGCAGGACGAGCCAGAGAGAUCAUCCAGCUGUUCUCCUAACAGCCUGGUGUAGGAGAGACAGACUGGGCUUGGAGGCCACACCUGGAGAGGUCUGGAUUGGUUCAUCUGCCCCCAGGUUUGCAGGGAUCUUUGCAAAGAAGUUAUCACCCUGCAAAGCGUAGAUUAGAAGCAAAACUGAAAUGAAGCCUAUGUCCAAAGCAAUGAUGUGCUUUUGCAAGAAUUCCUGCAAACAGAUGAACCAGUCAGGGGAAACAGCAGACUCUCUGGACGCUAGCUUAAACUAAUCAAGAGGCCUGUAAUAUCAAUGUUCUUUUAAAUUGCCUUUUAUUUUGUAUCUGUUGAAUGUCCUGUGUCAGAAUAGGUGUUUAGUGAAGUCGCUGGCCUGGGACUGCUGCCAGUGUGCUGUAUAU